GCCUUCCUCCUAGUGCGCUGAAAUGGCGCCUUCCAAGAGGAAGCGUGGGAAAGGUGUAGCGUGUGUUGCUCCUGCAGGGUAUACAGCUAUCCCAGUGAAAUUCUCUGAAAAGCAUCAAUCUCCUCACUACCUCUAUGUGAAGGAGCACAAAGUCAGAGACGAAACGGAUCCUAACAGGCCUCCAAACCGUACCCUUUUCAUCCUCAAUGUCCCACCAUAUUGCACAAAGGAAUGCUUGUUGAGGCUGUUCUCCAGCUGCUGUUCUGUGCAGUCUGUGGAGAUGUACGAAAAGCCAAGGCUGGGAGAAAAGCCAGAAGCACCUGAGUCCAAGUUCUUCAACACUAAGACAUUGCUGGGAUUCAAGGUAGCCUAUGUGGUGUUCAAGAAUCCAGCUGGUAUACAAGCUGCCCAGUCCUUAUCAACAAAGGGGCCCCUAGUGAUAUCUUCUGUCAAUCAUCCUGUGCAAACUGGAAUUCACAAAUGGAUUUCUGGGUACGCUGCAUCACUCAUAGAUCCUGCUGAGUUGAAGAAAGAGGUGGAUGCUUUCAUGCAAGCCUAUGACCAGAAGGUCGCUGAGGAAGAUGCAAAUGCUGAGGAUGAAGAUGGUGUCCCAGAUGAGGAAGGGUGGGUGAAGGUGACCAGGAGAGGUCGAAGGCCUGGAAUCCCAAGGACAGAAGCAGCCAACCUGCGGGCAUUGGAGAGAGAGAAGCGCAAGAGAGCACGCAAGGAGCUUCUCAACUUCUAUGCUUGGCAACAUCGUGAGACUAAGAGGGAACACAUAGCCCAGCUGAGGAUGAAAUUUGAAGAGGAUAAGCAGAAAAUUGCACUCAUGCGAGCACAGCGAAAGUUCCGGCCAUACUGAAUCUCCAGAUGUUCCCAAAAGAAGGGGAGCUACAGUGAGAAGUUCACAGGCAGAAAGGUUUUCAUGGAGCUUCUGUGAAGCCAACCUGAAUAUCUGCUCAUUCUCCAUUGCUGCCUCCUGGACUGUGACUGAUAAAGUGGGCAGCUCUAGAGUCCAACCAUGAAAUCAUCUUUGCUCAAACUGUGUAAUGCCUACAGAUCACAAAUGGGCAACCCUAUGAUAGCUCUGUGAACCUUGCUUCAGAGAUAUCCCUGACAAACUUGAUGUCACCUAAUAGUGUACCAUGGUGAUUUCUGAUGGUGUUUAGCUGUGAGAUAAAACAGCUAUAUGUUUAAAAUUAUAAAUUAAUGUUGCUGUGGGCUACAGAAUAU